UUUCCCCUGCUGGGCCCGUCGCCAUGGAGACACUCCUCUCUCAAACCGAGCUGUUGCCCAGCCUCUUGGCGGCGUCGCGCUCGGGCCUGGUGCGAGACUGGGACGCGGCGGCCGUGCGCCGGGCCCUGAGCUGGGGCCGCUUCUUCCAGGGGCUGCACGCCCGCCUCCCGCCCGAGCGCGGCCUCCGGGCCUCUGUGGAGCGGCGCCUGCGCAGCCGGGGAGUGCCGCUCGGCCUCGGCCACUUGAAGCGCUGCCCGGAGCUGCUGGGCCUGGCGCUUCUGGAGAACCGCGCGCUGCCCUACGACGCCUGCCGCGCCCUCCUGCGCGCCCUCCUGCACGACGGGGAUGGGGAGCGCCGCGCCCACCGCCUGGCGAGGCGAAAGGCGGCCGCCCAGCUCCUCCUCCUCCCUUCGGCGCCGCCUUCUCCUCACGAGGCCCCUCCGGUCAGAGCCCAGGGGCAGCUGCUGUUGGAGCGGCUGCGGGAGGAGGGCGGCGGCGAGGAGGGCGCCCUCCUGGAGCAGCUGCCCUGCUGCCCCACACUGCACAGGGCCGUGGCGGCGGCGCUGUUGGAGCCCGGCGGCGAAGCCGAAGCCAGAGCGGCGCUGCUCCCUUGGCUGCUGCAGCAGCAACAGCAGCCUCGCCUCGCCGCCUUCUUCCGCCUGCUGCCGGCCUCGUGGGCGGCCUCGCUUUGCAGCCGCCACCCUGAACUGCGCGCCCCUUACUUGAGCCUCUUGGCGGCCUGGGGGAGCCGGCUCCGUUACGACCCGCUGCGCGGGGAGUGGGGGACCGGCGGCCUAGAAGAAGGCGCGGCGGCGCCUUGGCAGGAGGUGAGGGAGCGUGUCGGCUGCCUCUGCCAAGGGCCGGAGCCUCUACGCAGCGCGGUGCUGGCGCAGCUCAGAGACCUAAAAGCCCAGGAUGGGGGCUUUGAAGUACGAGGCCUGAGUGUUUGGACUGAUCUCCUGCUGGACGUGCAGGCGUCUGCUUCGAAGGAAAAACUCCUCGCGCGAAGCCUUCCCCCGACAGCCAAAUAAUUUGAAAACCUAGAGUGAAAAUCCAACACUGUAUCUAAAGGAAAUAUGACUUUGUAUUGAUUCUCCAUUCAGUACUACUCACUUAAGAUCAAGUGGCAUACUUCUAAGCCUCGAGGUUCCCAGUGUCUUAACUCUUUCUUUGUUUUGUUUUCCAGCAGAGGAUUUAAACAGAGCUUCAUGUACAGGAAUGUGUUCCUAUGCAUUCUCAGUUUUAGGUUUUCACUCCCAAGUGUAACACUGCAUUAAAUCACAUAGAAUCUCCCUCAUGUGCUUUGUCAUCUUCAGCCCUUCAUUAUAGAGUAAAUAGAAAGUUAUUCUAUAAGGGUUUAAAAAACAAGUACUAGUUGCACCUUACAUGGAUGCAGUGCUAGUGUUUUAUGUAUGUGUAAACGUUAUUAGGAUGAACCAAAGAGAAUGCAAGCAUUUACCGUAAGUUCUGCAGAACACCGUGUUGACACUUAGGUCCUUGUCAAACUGAAAUGUUCUUAAUGGACCAACAUGGCUUCCUGUCCUUUUUGUAUACUGUAUCUCUGUAAUGUGUAGGUGAGACUGCCUGUCUACCAAAAGAUUAGAACAAAGAUUUGCAUCCUGAGUUCUGGAGCAAUCACAAAUUGUUACAAAAUUACCCAGCGCUAGACAUUUUUAAAAGCUCACACAAGUAGUACUCUACAUGUUGAUACACUGUGGACAUGGCUAUGUAGGCUCUGCUAUUGAGCUUGUGGAUCUCGGCGAGACAUAGGGAGGAAUAUUUACUUGAGAUAGUUGUAUUUCCCAGUCAGUUAUCAGCAACUUAAUCAGUAUUCAUGACUUAGCUGACUCAUAUUUUGGUUGUCACAGUGAUAUAGGUGAAGAUCCUCUUGUAAAACAUACUGUGGUAGUGUGAAGUGUGUCUUCUACAAAUACAAAACACUGAUUUGUUUUGACAUAUUGUAUUGGAUAGGUCCACUUAAGAGAUUUCCUCUUUCGUCCAUAGCAGGCACCCCCAAACUGCGGCCCUCCAGGUGUUUUGUCCUACAACUCCCAUGAUCCCUAGCUAACAGGACCAGUGGUCAGGGAAUAUGGGAAUUGUAGUCCAAAACAUCUGGGGGGCCGAGGUUUGGGGAUGCCUGGUCCAUAGAGUAGCCACAUGUGGGCCCAUAGUCUUUUUCACUGUUUUUGUGUGUGUGUGAUGUAACACAUGCUUGGAACCAUGCCUAAUGAUUUGUUGGUUUGUUGUAUUUGUGCCAAUAUAAGGAAUACAUAUGUGUUAACUUGGAAUAGACAGAAAUUGACUUUUUUGGAUCCAGGUAAUGAGAUUAGAAAUAAAUGCUGUAAGACUUAUACUCCUAUAGUGACAUAUCUUUUUCCACUAUCAGAACAAGCCUGGCAGAAGCCUGGGGCUGCCAUUCCCUCUUGGGCACACCACAGAAAUACUUUCUUGUUCUUGGGAAACCAUAUUUUGUUUCAGUAUCUAAACCAACAAACUACUGUAUUGCGUAUUGUGUAUUGCAAAUAAUUAUUGUGUAUUGCAAAUAAAA